AGGACGUCGCCCAUUGGCCAGAGGAUUGGCGCCGCUUAGCUGCUAUUUUGAACAUAAAUACAAUCCGCGUAGGCCUCAGAGUUUUCUGUCCCACAUACACGUAGCCUGUCAGCCAGUCGGACCGCUGUCGCUCAGCUCUCCGACACAAACACACACAGCGAUGCGGGAUUUGUAGUAAGAAAGCCUAAAAGCAGGGCUCAGCUCGCACGGAGGGGGUCGACUCAGAACAGAACAUCGCGUCGACGUUUCGGGUGGUUUUCUGGGGCUCGGAUGAUCUUUUGAGCUCGUCUUCCGGGUCGACCUUAGGUCUGGACCACCUCGCAUCCCCCUGUACCGACAAAGCCCGUAUUGUUUUUUCCCGACCGCGCUUACAGCAUCCGUGGGAUUCGACCAAUACUCCUAGAAAUGGAUUCGGACCUCAACACGAGUCCGGUCGGUACCCCGGUGAACCGCAGGCCCGACCACCUGCAUGGGUUCGCCACCAUGAGCGACCAGAACACAAAGACCUGCACCAAGAACCUCUUCUUCAGCCCCUCCACCGCCGUCCUCUCCCCCGUCACCAACCUGGCCUUCACUAUGGAUCAUCUAGGCGGGCUUGGCGGGUUGUGUGACACACCGAAGAGGGACAGACCCGGACCCCUGAUGAAGGUCCCCUCGUUCGCCUCUGACGUCUCCUCUGACGCCGGUCUUUGCAUGGACUCCCCAAGCCCCAUGGACGCCUUAGAUAUGGAGGAGACGUUUGAAAGGGCCAUCCAGAAGUCCAGCAACGUCAUCAACGGGAAGAUGCCCAUUCGCAGAAUCCAGUCGUUGCCUGUCCAGUUCCUCAGCUUCAGCCCAGAGCUGCGGGGGCAGGCGCCCGACCCGAAGCGCUUCGGGGUGUUCGCCCCGCUGACGCCCGGCGACGGCCACCCUGAGAAGGAGAACAUCCCAGAGCAGGAGGGCUUUGAGUUCAAGAAGCCCAACAGGCCGGUGUCCCGCUGCCGCGCCCGCUCCGCCCACGGCGUCCAGUUCAAGGAGGCCUUCGCCCGCCGGCCCAACUCCGCCCCCGAACUCAUGCUCUCCCCCACCCCGCCCCAGCGCCUGGAGUCCCCCGGCUAUGACUCCAGCCCCGUGUUCGUGCGCCGCACCUCCCUGGCGGGCUCCGCCGGUAACCACGACUACGAGGAGGACGACGGCUUCCUGGACGUGUACGACGAGAGCGCAGAGGGCGACGCGGGCAUGCCUCUCGGGAUGGCCAGCCUGCUGACGGCGCCGCUGGUGGCUGACAAGAUGGCGGACGACUCGCCUGUGAUUCGCUGUCGGCCGCGCGGCCUGUUCCGCUCCCCCUCCAUGCCGAGCCCCGUGUCCCGCCACUCGGGGGCCCGGCUCCCCGUGAAGCGGUCCGAGUGUCCGCGGGACGAGUACACGCCCGUCUGCGUCAAGAGGAGGCGGAGCCUGGCGGCCAGCCCCGACGCAGAGUCGCCCCGCAUGACCGGACUGCUCCAGAGGUCCAAGUCCUUCUGCCAGACCUCGGACAUCGAGAGACUGCUGGACGAGCAGGACUCCUCCACUGACCUCAUCGGAGACUUCACCAAGGCCCUGGCCAUGCCCACCGUUGAUGGGAAGCACCAGGACCUGAAGUACAUCACCCCAGAAACGAUGGCGAUGGCGAUAAACGGCCAGUUCAGCGAGCUGGUGGAGCAUCUGAUCGUCAUCGACUGCCGCUACCCGUACGAGUUUGAGGGCGGCCACAUCAAGGUGCGUGGGUCGUCCGUGAAGCCACAAUGUCUCGUCGACAUGCCUGGUUAGGACUCGCCCGACCGGUUCCCCUUCUUGGAGGGAGCGGUUUAAACGGACAUGGACUUGUUGGGGCUGCGCGGUGCACAGUUGGUCAUUGAGAAGGGGGAUGACUAAGGAGGCUUGAGAACAUUCCAG